AUGCGUUUUGUCUACUCCGCUGCUGCCGCUCUCGUCGCUGUUUUCGCUUCGAGCGACGCGGCUUCAAAUGGUGCCGACGCGAACGCUCUGCUCGAGUCCGACGUGUCUGUUGUGGCUCGCGUGACGGACGGCAACGCCUACGACGUGGACACGCAGAGGCUUCUACGCGAGGCUCUUGACGACGAUGAGUCGAUGCUGCCUGCGGAUUUUGAGGAGAGAGCUCCUGGUGGAGCAGUCGUUGAAGAAGCGGCGCCGAAACUCGAAAAGGCCCUCAGUGGUGUACGUCAUGCCGGAGAAGUUGGCGGAGGGGCGGGCGCCCGGCUGGCGGAAACGGCUAUCGCCAAUACUCAACGGAUCGAAGAAAUCCAAAGAGGAGCUGUCGCCAAAGUGCAACACGUCGAAGAAACCCAAGGAGGAGCUGCCGCUCAAGGGCAACACGUCGAAGAAAUCCAGGGAGGCGCUGUUGCCAAAGGGCAGCACGUUGAAGAAACCCAUGGAGAGGUUGCCGCUAAAGGGCAACACGUCGAAGAAAUCCAGGCGACGACAAAACUCUCUUGGACGAAACGUCAAUGGGAGAAGUUUGUGAAUUUUCUCAAUAAAUCGAAGCUCUUCCGAGACUUCAUGGCGUGGAUCAAGUCGCACAAGGCCAAAGUCAAACCGGUCGGUGAAGGCAAGACUGCAGACGCGAACAAUGGCAAGAAACUCGAGGACGCGGUUGAAGACGCCGGAACUGUCGGGACUGCUGGAGCUACUCGCGCUGCUGACCCCGAUGGAGCAGCGAACGCCGGUGUUCACCCCUUUGGAGAUAAGCUAAAGCCGCGUGCAAUGGAUGGCGCUGCCAAAGCUGCAGCUGGCAAAGGGGUCGGGCUUCAAAUUAUAAAGGAGAUACUUGUCUUCAUCGACGAAACCAUUUCCUUUGGUCAAAACAUGUUAUAUGUUGGCCAAAAUCACCUCAAGGGGGAUAUAAUUGCAACCUUUGCGCUCGGGUUUGCUGUCGAACAGAUGGGAAAGGACCUCUGGAAUUUAAAAUCAUCCUUUCUCGAUAACUUUGAUGUAGAUGACACUAGUGCCAUAAAGUCGGCAUGGAACUUGUUCGAUAAGUGGCGAGGAGGUUUCGUCAAAAAUAUUGACGAAAAUGUGGUAGGGGCUUUCAAGAACGUGGGCGAGAACGUGGAGGUCAACGCUUUGAAACUGGAAGUUAAAGCGUUCGUUGACAAGCUUCAAAAGCUUACGUUGGACGAUUUUACGACAAUUCUAGGGAAGAAUGAAUAA